GCCCGGAGCGUUCCUUGUCGAUACAUUCCCUAUAUUGAAGCAUGGUUCCCAUUCGCCGGUUUUAAACGUCAAGCAAGGACUUGGGCUAAGAUCGCCCACAACUCUCUGGAAUUACCAUUUGAGGUGACCAAGCAAGACGUUCUGGAAGGAGCAAGCAAUACAUCAUUUACGGCCAAUAUCCUGAGGGAUAUAGGGUUAGAAGGGGAUUACGAGGAUCUAAAAUAUCUCUCAGGGGCUCUUGUAGGCGCCUCUGUAGACACUACGGCCACUACAGUUGGGACUUUCGUCUGCGCUAUGAUUCUUAAUCCGGAGGCUCAGAAGCGGGCCCAACAGGAAAUUGAAUCUGUAAUCGGAUGCAAUAGAUUGCCUACAUUUGCAGACCGGGAGAGUCUUCCGUAUGUCGAAGCUAUCUUGAAAGAAACAUUACGGUGGCAGCCUGCCGCGCCCAUUCCCCUCCCGUACCGGUGUUCGGAGAGCGUUGAAUAUGAGGGGUAUUUCAUCCCCAAGGACGCGACCAUCAUUGCGAACUCCUGGCACAUAUCCCGAGACGAGAACCUGCAUCGUGACCCGGAAUCCUUCAUUCCCGAACGCUUUUUGGUCCCUCCGACUUUUCGAUUUGACGCUGAGGAUGCAGGAACACCCCUGGAUCCCACAACGUACGUUUUUGGAUACGGACGAAGGAAAUGUCCUGGGAUCCACUUUGCUGAUUCGAUGCUCUGGUUUACCAUUGUUACGCUUCUUGCUACGACUCGUAUCCUGCCUGCAAAAGAUUCAGAUGGGAAAGAUAUCUUGCCGAGGGUAGAAUAUACUGGAGGGUUGGUCCGGGAGCUCCUUCCAACGCCGUAUCAUUUUGAGCCGCUUUCUGCGACUCAUGCGGCAAUUGUAUCAGAUCUGGUCACUUCCAUUGAGUGAGAAACGCAACCCUCUUAUACUCCGCAUGUAUCCCUUGGCCUUUCUCCCUCAGCGAGGUGAAAGUAGUCAUCCUCACUUUAUUAGGACUCUUCCGUGAGUAGAGGGGAAGACACAAGUCAUUGUAUAACUUCUGUACUACUGCGGCGCCACAAUUUUCUCACCCUUUAUGUGUUACCACACGAACAUGCGCUAGUUCAAGUAUGACCCCCGUAGCUGGAACGCUAACAUAAGUUCUGCCCACGGACAAUAGAUGCUGCAUGAGCUAG